AUGUCCAGUACUACUAUAUCGCCGAACAAGAAAAUUCCUAGUAUAGACGAAUUGCCUGAAAAGGAGUUGACUCAGCUCAAGAAGAAACUCGAGGAAAAAGAGAAGAAAAACCCAGGAAGUACGUUGACAGACUGUCCCGCUUGCGCAGUGAAGGCUUUAGCGCAGUUCUACUGGGGUAUCCAAAAUCCCAAUGCUGGUGGUGUACCUGAUAGUCUACCCUUCAACAAUGCAGAGCUAGACAGAGUUCACCAAGUUGACAACAUGCUGCGGCAAUUUACACCAGGAGCAGACACUGGGGCAGGGAACGCACAAGAGGACCCAGAGGAGAUGCAAACGCGACUAUUAACAGCAUGUCUCGAGUCUGUUAAUCACCAUCUCAAUGAAAACACGGCCUGGAAAGCUCGCUACGAAGCCCUGUUCAUACUGCAACAAGAGUGCUUCUGGAAUUGUCCAUGCGGUUCUCAGCAGGUUCCCCCAAACAAUCCCGCCCCCGACAGUAUCGGUUUCAACAACAUCCCGAUUCUCUCUAACGGCACACCAGACAGCCUUGAAGAAGCUAUGAGACGAGAGUUCGAACCAAUUCCACUCAAUACCUUCCACUGUCACAUCUGUAACAGCACGCAGCAACGAAUGCAGUCUACACGUAUUGAAGGAUCACCAGAAUAUCUCCGCAUCAAACUCAGUAUCGUCAACAGCGACGGUACACCGAACUUGAAUCCUGUGAAUCUUCCCGAGGUUCUGAAUUUGUCUGAAUACCAAGCUGUUGGUGACGACCCACCGCCUCUCAUGUAUCGAUUAAGCAGUGUACUUGCUCACGGCGGUACACACAAUGCAGGUCACUGGGUUGCGAGCGUACGUGGCCCUCAGAAUGUCUUCUAUAUCAACGAUCAUUCGGUCGAUCAGCGAAGUUUAUUAGAAUUGAGGGCGAAUCCCCAAGUUUAUGGGGGUACUGGAAUGCACGCUGUCGUUCUGAUGUAUAAACGCUUUGAGAAGAAGCUCUAG